AUGAGCUCGGAACUCCGGUCUCGCAAGUUCCUGAAUUAUCCAGAGCCACUGAAAGGUCCUGAUGUGCCCUAUCGAAAUGAGAGGAAGCCCGUCCCCGGGGUCAGGGGCAUCGUCCUCGUGGCGGCUGCGUUUCUCAUGGAAUGGCUCAGCUUCUUGAGGGAGGCGGUAUGGCGCAACGCUGGAUUCGGCUCUCUGCGCAAGAUUAUUGAGCACAUUGAAGACUAUGAACCGUGGUUUGAGCCUCAAGUCGUUCGCCUGCCAGAGGCAACUGGCGAUGAGGACAAAGCAGCGGAUGAGUCUUCACAACCGCACCCUGUGGAGGAACUAAAGCCAAGUCCGCAUGGCAUCUUUCCCCAGGCGAAAUACUACUCGGUGGCAGAGUACCACAAGCUAUAUCUCUCAGGGGCUUUGACUCCGCUUGAGGUCGUAGAAGCCUUGCUGCCCUUGAUUAGGCGCGAUUUGCCCCAGCCAAACGAGCACUCCAAGGCCUGGUUUGAGACCAAUAUCGGCAGGGUCCUGAGAGCAGCCAGUGAAUCAACUCAGCGAUACAAGGAAAACCGCUCCCUCGGCCCGCUCGAUGGUGUCCCUACGGGUGUCAAGGACGAAUAUGACAUGGAAGGCUACCGCACUUGCCUCGGAUCCAAAAACACGUACACUUCCCCCGACGAGGGAGCCGGUACAACCUGGUGUGUGCGGAAGCUCGAGGCCGCUGGCGCCAUUAUACUUGGCAAGCUCUCAAUGCACGAGUUCGGGCUCGACACGACGGGCAACAACCCCAUCUAUGGCACCCCGCUAAACCCGUACAAUCCGAACUACUACACGGGCGGCAGCUCGUCGGGCACGGGCUACGCAGUUAGCGCCGGCCUCAUUCCUGUAGGCCUUGGCAGCGACGGCGGCGGGAGCAUCCGCAUCCCAUCAAGCUUGUGCGGCGUUUUCGGCCUCAAGCCUACACACGGUCGGCUCUCGUUCAAGCCCGGCCAGAACCAUUGCCUGACAUGCGCUUGCCUCGGUCCCAUCGCUGCCGAUGUCGCAUCGCUCGCAGCCAUGUUCCAAGUCGUCGCGGAACCGCACCCAACCUCUCCAUUCCCUGAUCUCGGACGGCUACGGCUGACGGCCCCCUCGACGGGUGAGCCAAAGAUCCUCGGCAUUCCCACGGACUGGAUCUCGCAGGCGACGCCCACGAUUCAGACGCUCUGCUAUGGCAUGGUGCGGCAGCUGGUACAGGACCACGGCUACAUCACGGUCAAGAUCGACAUUCCGCUCCUGCCCGAAGGCCAGACGGCGCACGCCCUGACGGUGCUGAACGACGCGGCAACGCUGCUGCCGGACACGCGGGGACUGACGGCGGCCAACCGGAUCCUGCUGGCGCUCGGCCGGGUCACGCCCGCGACGGACUAUAUGUUGGCGCAGAAGCUGCGGCGCGUCUUGAUGCAGCACCUGGCCUGGCUGUGGGAACAGCACCCGGGGAUGCUGAUCGUCACGCCCACGACGGCGUGCGAGGGCUGGCCGAUCCGCGGCGGCAGCGCAGAGCUCAAGCACGGCGUCAACGACGGCCACCGCACGAUGCAGAGCAUGGAGUACGUGUGGCUUGCAAACUUUUGCGGCCUGCCGAGCAUCUCGGUGCCCGCAGGCUUCGUCCCGGCCGAGCUCGGGGGCGCGCCCAUCCCCAUCGGCCUCAUGGCCACGGGCGAGUGGUGUGCCGAGGAGCAGCUGCUACGUUUCGGCCUGCUCGCGGAACAGCUCGGUGCUGAGCACAGGCGCCGUCCGCCGAACUGGGUUGAUGUUGUGCAGCUCGCGAGGGGGGCGCGCCGUGCCUGA